AGUUCAUAUAGGUGGUGCAACUCCUGAUGUGUUUCCGCGUGCCGUGAGUGUGUUACGAAAACAUCUCUACCUUUUUCUUCCUACCUCUCUCUCCUCUCCAACACCGCACGCGAACGCCUGCUCAUUCCUGGCACGUUAUACAACGCUUUCGUGCGACACAAGUUUCUUCAUUUCUUCACUCUACCGACCCGAAAUUUGCAUCGAUACUCCCCGUGAUGGGCAGGCGGAGAAAGCAAAACAAGAAGGGCGGGGACAGCAACACCUCCACGCCCCCGCCCGAGGAGGCCGACAUCGAGGCGGAUGAGGGAGGCGCCUCCACGCUGAAAAACACGGAGCCGGCGAAGGUCGCAGACACACCGCCAGCUGCAGUUCCGGAGGACCCCGUAGGCACGACAAACGCAGCUGUGGACGCAGCCACGGAGGUGAUUGCCGAACCUGUGGAGGUGACAGCCACGACGGCUCCCGCUGAGGAGGCUGCACCCGUCACGGCCAAAGAUGCACCGCAGCCUCCCACUACGGUAGCGGCGGCGGCGGAGGCGCUAAACGGAGUAGCGGCGUUGAAUGCGUACGCGUUGCAGAACGCCACAGUUGGCGCUGCCCCCACGCCGGUCGCUCUACCGCCUGGAGGGCCGGCAAAGGAGGAGGACCACCCCCUCACUGAGGUGCCCAUCGCAGCCUCCGCAAACCCACCCCGCGCGGCCACCAAGAAGGUGGCGUUCAUUACUCCUGUCAUUAGCAGCGUUACGUCUGUGAGCGACGCAGAGGCACCGCGCGAGUCGAAUUGCAUCGAAUCGCGUUGUGGGUCAUGCAACGUCAUGUGA